AACGGUGUGCUUUACCAGUUUCCGACAGUGUUACUCGGGAAGCGCAAGUCUUGUGAAUAAUCCGUUUUGGUUUCCUGUUUUAAGUUCAGAAAACGAAUAUUUAGAUAUUUCAAACUAAUUAUCGCUAUACAUAAGUAUAUCGAUAACCGAUAUAGUGCAAGUACCAGUCGAAAUACGUGUUCUAUCAGCUUCAGUUCAGUUCUGAAGUUACAACUCGAAGCCCAGCGGCUUUGAAAAGUUUGUUGUUGUCACGUGACGUGAUACGAAUGCGGUGAUAAAGUUUUUGUAUGUUUAUUAAAGACCAUAGCUACAAAAACAACAUUCUAUAUUACGUUACUAUUUUAAAACAAUGCCUCAACCAAAAUACAGGAAGAUUGCUGUGAUUGGGUACAGAUCUGUUGGAAAGUCUUCUCUCACAAUACAGUUCGUGGAAGGACAGUUUGUAGAUUCAUAUGACCCUACCAUUGAAAACACCUUCAACAAAAUGGUGUCUGUCAACGGUCAAGAUUUCAAUCUUCAGUUGGUUGAUACUGCUGGUCAGGACGAGUACUCUAUUUUCCCUCAGUCUCAUUCAAUGGACAUCCAUGGUUAUGUCUUGGUCUACGCAGUAACCUCCAUGAAAAGUUUUGAAGUUGUUCAGGUUCUUCAUGACAAGCUGCUAGAUAUGGUUGGGAAAAUACAGGUGCCAACUGUUCUUGUUGGAAACAAAAAAGAUCUCCACAUGGAAAGGGUGAUCAAACCAGAGGAAGGGAAGAAGCUGGCCCACUCAUGGGGAGCAGCAUUCAUGGAGUCUUCUGCCAAGGAAAACGAGACCGCUGUAGAGGUAUUCAAGCGGAUCAUUCUGGAGAUGGAGAGGGCGGAUGGGAACGUUCCCUCCGAGGAUAAAAAGUGUGCCGUGAUGUAAGAGGGUCUCACCAGGACAGCAGUAAGCUCAUUGGAUGAAGCCAGGAGACACAACGUCACCAGCCUGCCAAUCAUGACUUCCCUAGCACCAAGGAGCCGCAGUCGCAAUGUGGCCACUUUAUAAUUCAACAGUGUUUUACACAAAGGCACCCAAUCACACUCGAGGCUAACUAAAAAUAACUCUGACAGGUGUCACACAAGGGUUUCACUGUCAGUUUUACUGAAGUCUAUCAAGUUUGGUUGGCAUAAACCAAACCUCAUGAAAAUACCAAAUAUAAUGUAAGAGCAACAAGCCUAAACUUCACAACAAAAAACAGCUCCCUAAUAAUUGCAAUCAAAUAGCUAGCCAUGUAUCAACAGAUGGAGUGGUGACUGGCUAGUGUCCCCAACUCUCACUGGCUAGCUUCACCUUGUACAUAAUAAGGGCUGAUCUUGAUGCCUAAAAAACAUGCCUGACUUUUUUUUUCUCGGGUCAUUGUUUGGAAAGUCACUAUAAUUCACAACUGAUUCAUGUAUUGGUUACAGUAUCUUGGAAUGAGUUCUCUUUCACACAAGAUGUGUAUUGCAGAAAUACAUUUCCUCUAGCAUUGGUCUUGGCUAACAUUUUUUCACUGUAAAACUUUCAGCAAGUCAACUUCAGGUUACACUUCACUCUUGAACUGUAAAUCCUUUCUUUUAGGAAACAUGCCAAUUUGUAUUUUCUAGAAUACAGUUUUAUGUUCUUCUGGUUGGCAGAUUGGUCCUCGCUCCUUUCCGCUAUGAUCUACCAUCUGACUUUAAUAAUUAAGCUGUAAUUAUCUAGUGGAUGAGGCACCCUUGAAUGAUGUUUAGAAAAGAAUGGAAUGGAUCUGUUGUAUAAAAAAAAGUUGUGGCCUUUUGAUCCCAGAGAACUAGGAUCGUAGACACAGGUUUGAUAGUGUUGUUAGUUUUAUUCUGAGAUAAUACAAGUGUGUUCAUUCAGCAGCAUAUUGAAUGAAAUGUAUGCAUAUAAUUAUACUAUAAUUAAGAAGAUGGAGUUGCAGUUAAGGGCAUUCACUGAUAAUUCCUUACCACUGUGGACUGUUAACCAGUUCAUGGGGAUCACAGGAUCUGCUGGUUUAGUUUUCAUUUUGGGGUUUUGAUUCCAGAAGUGAUGUAGGGCUCCAUCAAGCCAAGCAAGGAAGCCUUAUGACACAUGAUCACUUAUGAAUUUAUGUUGAGUCGGGGACUCCCAGUGGACACAGUGCUCACCAUAACCUGAUUUUCGUGUCCACAAAAGAUCAAUUCGAUGCCCAAUGGUUUUUACUGACAUUACUUACAUUUAUCCAGACGGUCCAACCCCUAGUGUCGAAUAAUUGUUGUUUAGAAUUGUUUUAUAGAGUGCUUUUCUUUGAAUUAGUAGAUUGAUUGAUGAUGCAGUCUAAGGCUGAGUUUACACAGGCAGCCCAAUUCUACGCUUUUUUUCACUACUUGGUCCUCUGACCAAUCAGAUUUGUGCUGAAAAAGAUCUGAUGUGAUUGGUCAAAAUAUCAGAAUUGGGCUGCCUGUGUAAACUCAUCCUAAGAGAAGCUGGAGAUGUUGUGUCUUGUGCCUUACCCUUCAAUCCCCCCCUUUACUACCCCCCCCUCCCACACACACACACCUGUUUCCCUACUUGACUCAAGAUCCUGUUUUUUUUUUUCUCCCUUCUCUGUUGACUUGACCCAAUGGGGAAAACAAGGUGCACAACACGCACCUGAACACCAAUACCCCCACAUUGGUUAGUGUUAACUCAGAACUAUUGCUGUAAACUGUUUUGUAUAUAUAAAUAUUUUACUCCUUUAAAAGUCUUUUUUUUUUAAAAAUUGAUUAGUUGUGUCAUGGCUGCUCAAUAACUGUCUGCAGCUAAGAAUUUGAAUUCCAUCUCUGAAACAGAGACAUACAGCCACUAUAAUACCACACCACUUGGAGACAAAUCUGUUAGUAAAUGAGUAAUUAUUUAUUUGACAAAACCGAAUUAUGAUGCUUACAUUUAUGCAGAUGUAUUUUUAAAUUGCCCCUGUACUAAGCCUAAGCCGUCAUUGAUGGUCUUUACUGACUUUUCACAAAAAAAUAUGAAUUGAUCAUGAGGGGCCGCAGUGGCUUGUGGGUCUGCGUACCCACAUCCAUACCCACACAUGCAGUCAACUGAUUUAUGGAAUCAAUCCAUUUGUGCAGUUAAGGUAACUCUUAAUUGCAUUACCAGUAGCCAGGGCUGGCCCUAACCUUUUGGGGGUCCCCCCACCUCGGGGGGGAAAGCAUUUUACUGACCCUGUCUUGACAGCGGAGAGAAAAAUGUAGGUUUUGAAGUACAUUUCCUGCUAUUCUAAACAUUUUGGUAUAGGGCAAAGAAAAAAAUGUGCCGUUUAACAGCACAUUUCCUGCAAUUCUAUCAAUUUUGCCAUGGGGUGGAGAGACACUUUUGCAGUUUUAACACUAGCGGUGUGUGGGUCAAAUCAGUGGGGAAGCCAAGCCAGGAAAAUAAUGCCAUGUUACAUCGGUCCGGUGAAGUCCAUUCUGUAUUGUGAUAAUUGCGUUUUUUGCUCUAACCUGUUAGUUGUUGGGCUCCCGAGUGACGCAGCGGCCUAAGGCGUCACUACAGAACCUAGUUCGAUUCCAGGCUAUAUCACAACCGUCCGUGAUUGGGAGUUCCAUAGGGCAGCGCACAAUUGGCCCGGGGUAGGCCGUCAAUGUAAAGGUUAAAUAAAAAAUAAAAUAAGUUCUAAUGAGAGAAGAAAAAGAUGCAAUUUAACAGCUAAUUUCCUGCAAUUCUAUCUAUAGGGUUUGGCCGGGGUAGGCCGUCAUUGUAAAUAAUAAUUUGUUCAUAACUGACUUGCCUAAUUAAAUAAAGGUUAAAAAUAUAUCAUUUAAAAAAAUGGAGUUGGUCUCCCUUUGCUGCCAUAACAGCCUCCACUCUUCUGGGAAGGCUUUCCACUAGAUGUUGGAACAUUGCCGUGGGGACUUUCUUCCAUUCAUCCACAAGAGCAUUAGUGAGGUCGGCACUGAUGUUGGGCGAGUAGGACUGGCUCGCAGUCGGCGUUCCAAUUCAUCCCAAAGGUGUUUGAUGGGGUUGAGGUCAGGGCUCUGUGCAGGCCUUCCACACCGAUCUCGACAGACCAUUUCUGUAUGGACCUCACUUUGUGCACGGGGGCAUUGUCAUGCUGAAACAUGAAAGGGCCUUCACAAAACUGUUGCCACAAAGUUGGACACAGAAUCGUCUAGAAUGUCAUUGUAUGCUGUAGCGUUAAGAUUUUCCUUCACUGGAACUAAGGGGUCUAGCCCAAACCAUGAAAAACAGCCCCAGAACAUUACUUCUCCUCCACCAAUCUUUACAGUUGGUACUACGCAUUCUGGCAGGUAGCAUUCUUCUGGCAUCCGCCAUACCCAGAUUCGUCCUGUCGGACUGUCAGACAUGAAGCGUGAUUCCAUUCUUGAUUAUUAUUAUUUUUUUUUUAACCCGUUUUCUCCCCAAUUUCGUGAUAUCCAGUCUUGUCUCCCCUAUGGACUCGGGAGAGGUGAAGGUCGAGAGCCAUGCAUCCUCCGAAACACGACCCUGUCAAGCAGCACUGCUUCUUGACACAUUGCUCGCUGAACCCGGAAUCCAACGCCACCAAUGUGUCAGAGGAAACACCGCCCAGCUGGCGACCGAAGUCAGCUUGCAGGUGCCCGGCCUGCCACAAGGAGUCACUAGAGCGCGAUGGGACAAGGAAAUCCCGGCCGGCCAAAACCUCUCCAAGCCCGGACGACGCCUCAUGGGUCUCCCGGUCACGGCCAGCUGUGAAACAGCCUGGGAUUGGUCUGAAGUGACCCCUCAAGCGUUGCGAUGCAGUGCCUUAGGCCACUGCACCACUCGGGAGGCCAGCAAAGCCGUUCUACUGUCAAUGUUUGCUGACAUGGCUAAUUGAGUGAGUAGCUAGACUUCCAUCCAAUUGGCGACAGAUUUUCAUGUGAAUAUUCUCAAAUCUGCAUUAAGAAAAUAUGUGCAUUUCCCCACCAGUGGUGUUUCCAACAAACGAUUUGUUGCAGAUAAAAAUCAGUGUGUGAUGACGUAGCGCACACAAAAUGUACUUUUUCAAUAAAAUUUCCAUGUACCAAAUAAAAAUGUUUUUCCAUCGCA